CCAGCUCCUUCUCCUUUGGUGCAAAGAGGGGUGAGAAAUGGGCGCUUCCAGGCUCUCUGGGGCGGCCUUGCUGCUUGUGCUGCUGUCCCUCGCCCAGGCAGGUAAAAAUUUCUGGCUCUUCCGCCAGUACGUCCUGCGGCUCCAAGAGAAACACGCCAUGAAAGAGGCCUACGGUCGCUUGCAACUGCUGGCCCAGGGGCCGGGCCCAAGGGCAUGGCACUUCCUUGACAGUGGCAGCAUCCGUCAACCGCUCGACCACUUCAACUGGCAGGAUUCCCGCACGUUCAACCAGCGCUUCUGGGUUAAUCGGAAGUUCUGGCAACGCAAAGGUCCCGUCUUCCUCUACAUUGGAGGCGAAAGCGAAUUAAUGGAAUAUUCUGUGCUGUCAGGGCAUCACGUGGAGAUGGCCGAAAAGUACGGCGCGCUGGUCGUGGCCCUCGAGCACCGUUUCUAUGGCGCCAGCAUCAAUCCGGAUGGGCUGGAGGACCACAACCUCCAGUUCCUGACCAGCCAGCAAGCUUUGACCGACCUCCUUUCCUUCCAUCGCUUCGUCAUCCAGAAGUACAAGCUGGCAGAGAACACCACCUGGAUUUGCUUCGGAGGCUCCUACCCCGGCAACCUGGCUGCCUGGUUUAGACUCAAGUAUCCCCAUCUGGUUUUUGCCGCCGUCGCUUCCUCUGCCCCAGUCAAAGCCCAGGUGGAUUUCACGGGCUACGACAAGGUUGUUGCUGCAAGUCUCUCAAAUCCAGUCAUUUAUGGCUCCAAAGAGUGCCUGGCAGCAGUGACUGAGGCCUUUUCCACCGUGGACAACCUGGUCCGUGCCAGGCAGCUUGCCAAGCUAGCCAAGGACUUCCGUUCCUGCGAGCCACUGGAGGGGAUGGACGACUCUGUGCAGUUGCUCUACAACCUGGCUGACAUCUUCAUGGGUGCCGUGCAGUACAACGGUGCUUUCUCGUUCUUGCCCACUGUGGCCGACCUAUGUAGCGUUAUGACCAACAACAGAACUGGCUCCACCUACCAGAGGCUUGUCACCGUGAACGAUAGGUUUAUUAAAACCCUGGGAGGUCCAUGCAUGGACUAUUCUUUUGCGGAUUGGCUGAAAGUACUGCGCGAUACCCGGGUCACCGAGGCCAGCAUGCUGAGGCAGUGGUUCUUCCAGACAUGUACAGAGUUCGGAUACUAUCAGACCUGCGAUGAUCCGGCCUGCCCUUUCUCCCACCUGAUGAACCUGACGUCCUCGCUCAGCAUCUGCCCGCAGGUCUACAACAUCUCUUUUCGCAGAGUCCAGGAAGCGGUGGCUUUCACCAACGACUACUACGGGGCCGACCACCCCAAAGCCUCCCGUGUCCUUUUCGUUAAUGGCGAUAUUGAUCCGUGGCACGUACUGAGCGUCCUCAAGAACCAGUCCCUCUCCGAGACGGCCAUAUUGAUCAACGGUACUUCUCACUGUGCCAACAUGUUUCCAUCCAGCCCCAAGGACCCGUUGCCCCUUGUCCAAGCCAGACAGCAAAUCUCCACCCAGGUUGGCAAGUGGCUGGAACUGGCUAGAACAAUGCAUCAAGACAGCUGAGUGGCCAGGUGGGAGGAGAUCUCACCUGUUUGUACUACCUGAGAAUCUCACUGGGGGAAAAAAAAACUGCUUGGAUCUGCCCUGCCUUAAGUGACCAUCACAAAAGACCUUUACCUCAUUCUUCUGCUACAAUCCUUGCUCUUCUUAACUUUUGUACACUUUACUUUCUAAAUACAGUUUUUAUAGAUACACAGUUGAUUCAUCCUUGCUGCUAUCAUGACGUACUGUCUCCAGAGCCAGAUCUAUUUGUAGAAGGAGGGUGGGGUAGAAAUACGUUUGCCACUUUGUUUUUUUAACCCGCCUCGCUCCUCUGCUGUUACCUCCAAGUCUGACUUUAGAAAUGUGGACGGUGAAACUUUAAUCUUCACUUUUAUCUCACCUUAAUUUCUGUGUGUCAAAGACACUCUUGCAGGGCCAGGACAAAAAGAUGACAAUUAAAGGUAGCAAUUACAGUUGGACCCCAAAAUUGGGUCUGUAUAGAUUCUGUCAAUGACCAAAAAUUUAAAGUCAUCAUGUUUAUGUGAACAAUCUAUAAA